AUGAAUGGACGCGGUCUGAAAGACGGUCCGGCUGUGUCUGGAUGUGCUUUACUUGGUCUGCUGGUCCUUCUAGUUCUACCACAUCAUUCACUAGGAGCAGUUCCUGAUUUCACCUGCUUCAAUUUAGAGCUUUAUGCAAACGAUGAUACUCCUAUAUUGCAUUUUAUUGGUGGCUACAAAAGCGGUAGAGACACCGGUGCAGAAGUCUCCUUUGAGCGUGUUCUAGACACUGGCAGUGGCACCACCUUGACUACGAGUGCUGGAGAGGAUGUAACAUUGACAAUGACACAGCAUUACGGAUUACUGUCUGAGCUUCGAUGGAGACACAAUGGUGAUGACGUCACUGCAUGGAAUGGCCAAUCAAGCAUCAGUAUCCUUAAUGUUCAACUCCAUCAUGCUGGUAUCUAUGAAUGCUUCAUAAAUGGCAGACAUCAUCUACAGAACCAUGCACUUAUGAAACUUCUUGUGAGACAGUGUUCUCCCAAUAAAUGGGGUCCAUCAUGUAAUAAUGACUGUCCAUUCUGCUACAAUGGCGGUCAGUGUGACGAUAAGACUGGUGAUUGUAUCUGCGCUCCAGGAUUUAGCGGUGUCCGUUGUCGAUCUGUGCAUAACAACAACUGCUUUGGUCAAGACUGUGGUAUCCGAUGCACCGUUAACUGGGAUAAUGGUUGCCUUGGCAAUCAACUUUGUCUUCCGGAUCCUUUUGGCUGUACGUGCGCUGCUGGCUUCACAGGUCCAAAUUGUAAACAACAAGGUUGCCCAGAUGGUAUGUAUGGCGCAGGUUGCUCUUUGGAAUGUCGCUGUGAAAAUUCAGCUUGUAACAGUACAGUUGGUACUUGCACCCCAGGCAGUAAUUGCAAAUCUGGCUUCACAGGAGUGAAUUGCGAGGACUGUUCCAAUGGGUGGUUUGGAAUUAACUGUGCCAUGGAGUGUCAUUGUGCUGGUGGUGGAGCUUGUAACAGAGUUUCUGGUGCAUGCCAAACUGGUGUACUCUGUGAGAGAGGAUUUAGAGGUGAAAACUGCCAAAACUCUUGUCCGUAUGGUCAGAUUGGCAUUCAUCCAAACUGCAGAAUGUGUUACGUUCCUGUUGCAGUGAUCUACCAAGUCAGUUUGAGGGUACUUCCAAGCAGAACCAUUACAUGGAAAGCUCCUCAAAACAAGUGUCCUGUUAUUGACUAUGCGGUACAAUAUCAACUGGUAGAGAGAAUUCUUUGCCAAGAGGAGGCUGGGGAGUUUGAAACUCUACACAACACAACAGAGAUGCAGUCUUAUGUACCACAUCCCGAUUCAUCUUUAGAGGCCAAUUCAAUCUACAAGGUUCGUGUUCUUGCCAGGAAUGAGGCAGGACUUGGGGUAGCUCAGACUGAGGAUCAUAUCGAAUUGAGAACACCUGAGAAGGAGCCUUCGGGAUCUCCAACAGAUUUCACGAGUACAUCAGCAACGAAGCAUAGUGUGGCAGUUAAAUGGAGUGAAAUACCAUGUGAUCAAAGAAACGGUGUGAUAACUAAAUACAAACUCUCAUACAGGGUGCUGGCAAAACCUUAUGACACCAACUUCAGUCCAAACAGCUCAUUUCAAUCGGUUGAUAUAGAACCAUCAGAUAUGCACAGCAACAUCAGUGGCUUAGAACCAUCCACAAAAUAUGAUUUCCGACUGAAAGGUUUCAACAGUGUUGGUGUUGGAGAUAGAGCAACAUUAGAGGCAUUUACUGAAGUUGAGACAGAUCUUCCUGCUCCGACUCGGCUAUCCGAAGAAGAUAUCUCAGAUUUGACUUCUUCUACAGUAACUAUUGCUUUGAAUCUUCCAUCCCCAUCGAAGUACAUUACAGGCAUGCAAAUUGGUGUAUGGCGAGUUCACAGGACAGUCACUAGAAGAGACACCAGGGGAGCAAGGUACCAACGAUCCACUGAACCAACUCUCGACUAUGUAGCAGCAGAAUUACUCAAGAAAGAUCUCCCUGCAACAUUCACUGUGGGUGAUGGAGAAACACUGGGAAAUAGUGCAAACAAACCCCUGGAAAGCAACACUCAAUAUGACAUCUAUCUGGGAUCAGUCAGUAGGAUUUCUGAAUCAACUUAUGCCGUUGAGUGGAGUGAGCCACUCAGAGUUCAAGUGCCACAAAAUGCAAGCACACCAAUAGCUGGUGUUGUGGUUCCGGUUAUCAUGCUUGUUUGGAUUUUUAUUGUAGCUGUAUUGAUCUUCAAAAUAAGAAGGAAUAAAAUGCUUAAUCGCCGCUCAGUGGAUCGUAGGCAUUACAACGCUGCAACUGCCGAAGUGCGAGCAUACAAUGACAAACCUUCUGCAGGACAAGAAAAUCCAUAUGACGACUAUGAAUUCAUGGAUGCAACUUCACCAGCCACUGCACCGGCCACUUCAUCAGCCACUGCAGCAGCCAGAUCACCAGCCACUGUAGCAGCCAAUUCACCAGCCACUGCACGAGGUACUGCUCAAGCCACUGUAUCAGCCACGGCACCAGUCACGGCACCAGCCACUGCACCAGCCACUGCACCAGCCACGGCACCAACCACUGCACCAGCCACGGCACCAGCCACUUCACGAGGCACUGUACCGCCAACUGCAGCAGCCAAACCGAAGCAGUUUAGCCAGAAGAAGCAAUUUACGGCUCCUUUCCCGAUUCCGUUAUCAGAGUUGAAAGAUGAUGUCAGCAAGAAGAAGAAGGAAACGUACAAAGAAGGCAAUGGGUUUCUGUUUGACUAUGAGGUACCGAAUUCAAACUCUGGUGUUUCUGAUGGACAAGAAAAUCCAUAUGACGACUAUGAAUUCAUGGAUGCAACUUCACCAGCCACUGCACCGGCCACUUCAUCAGCCACUGCAGCUGCCAGAUCACCAGCCACUGCAGCAGCCAAUUCACCAGCCACUGCACGAGGCACUGCACGACGAGGUACUGCUCAAGCCACUGCAUCAGCCACUGCACCAGCCAUUGCAUCAACCACUGCAAGAGGCACUGCACCAGUCCCUGCACGACGAGGUACUGCAUCAGUCACGGCACCAGUCACGGCACCAGCCACGGCACCAGUCACGGCAUCAGCCACGGCACCAGUCACGGCACCAGCCACUGCACCAGCCACUGCACCAGCCACGGCACCAACCACUGCACCAGCCACGGCACCAGCCACUUCACGAGGCACUGUACCGCCAACUGCAGCAGCCAAACCGAAGCAGUUUAGCCAGAAGAAGCAAUUUACGGCUCCUUUCCCGAUUCCGUUAUCAGAGUUGAAAGAUUAUGUCAGCAAGAAGAAGAAGGAAACGUGCAAAGAAGGCAAUGGGUUUCUGUUUGACUAUGAGCAUUUGCCUGAUUCCGACCGCCAUUCAUGUGAAAGAGCAAAGGACGACAAAAACAAGGACAAGAAUCGCUAUGUUAACGUCAUUCCUUAUGAUUUUUCUCGCGUUGUGCUUGAGAAACUACCAGAUGAACCAGACUCAGAUUAUGUAAAUGCAAGUUACAUAGAUGGUUUCAAUCAACCGAACAAAUACAUAGCCAGCCAAGGUCCAAACAAGACUUCAAUUUGUGACAUGUGGAGGAUGGUUUGGCAGGAGAAAACCGCUAAGAUUGUCAUGCUCACCAACCUACAAGAAGGAGUCAAGAGAAAAUGUGAGAAAUAUUGGCCAGACAAAACAGCAUACCAUGGUGAUGUUGUUGUCACUUUGAGAAAGGAGGAAACACACGCAGACUACAUUGUCCGAGAUUUUUUAAUAAAUCUGAAACUGCAGGAUGAAAAGACCAGACAUGUUCGUCAUUAUCAAUUCAUAGCAUGGCCUCAUACUGGCCUACCCCACGAUCACAUCAAAGUGGUGGAUUUUGUCGAAGCGGUGAAGGAGUACAACCCCAAGAACGCUGGUCCCAUGGUCGUUCAUUGCAGCGCUGGAAUCAGUCGUACUGGUGUGUUUUUGGUUUUGGACGCCAUGUUGGACCAGGCAAAGGCAGAAGGUCGAGUCGAUAUCUGGAAUUUUGCUUGUGGCAUGAGAGACAAACGGAUGAAGAUGAUUCAAACACCGGCCCAGUAUGAGUUCAUAUUUGAUGUCUUGAUUGAGACGUUCCUUUGUGGUGACACCAGCUUCAAACCAGAGAAUAUUCUCUCCAAGUUGACUGCAUUGAAGAAGACCGCAAAGGGCAGUGGGAAGACAGGACUCCAACUAGAGUUUGAGAAUCUGAAUUUGAUGACCAACAUUCCUGACCCUGACAAAUUGCAUGAAGGCCAGCUACCAGAAAACAUAAAAAAAAACAGAUUUCCAUACAAAGUACCAGUUGAUCUGUUCCGACCUUUGUUGAUGACAUUAGGAGAACAUGAAUCCACCGAUUACAUCAACGCCUGCUUCCUCAAUAGUCCUAGCUCCAAAGGAAAGUACAUUGCUACCCAAAUGCCCUUACCUCACACCAUCAGUGACAUGUGGAGAAUGGUCUAUGACUACAAGUCAACUUGUAUCGUCAUGUUGAAUACCCUAGACCCCACGUGUGUUGAGUAUUGGCCGGAGAGAGACUCUGCAUCAUAUGGUAAUCUGACAGUCACUCUACAGUCUACCGAUAAAGUGGGACCAAACAUCAUCAUACGCUAUCUAUACCUGGCUAAACGUGACGAUCAGGAAUCCCGUCUGAUUUGUCACCUUCAACUACUCAAUUGGCCCGUUGGUGGCGUACCAUCAUCACCCAAAUCCAUCGUGGAGUUGGUUGCAUCCGUUAAAGUGUGGCAACAUGAGCAUCAAGACGACCGAAUUAUAAUUCAGUGCAUUGACGGUGAAGGCGCUAGUGGUGCUUUGUGUGCUCUCUUUAACGUCAUAGAGAGACUGAAUGAGAAUGAGGUGGAUGUCUUCCAAGCAGUCAAGAAACUCAGAGUCUCAUGUCAUAGAUUGGUACAGUCACAGGAGCAGUACGAGUUGAUAUACGAAGCCUUACAGAUGUACUUGGAUGAUGACGUCGUGUAUGGAAGCGUGUAGAAGCCCCCCAUCAACAGGUUCCUUGUGGAAGCUGGCACCAAAACGAUGCAGUCAGGAAAUUAUCAAUACCGGUCUCCUUUCUAAGACUGUCAAAUUUUAAAUAUAAUUUUUUUAUUUGCAUUCAUUUUAUGCAGGUUGAGGGUGUUUUAUAUAUUGUGAAGUGAUAAUACUUUAACCGAUUUUGUUUAAUAACUGGAUAUGUAUUUCUAAAAGCCAAUGGACACUUUCGGUAAACAGUAUUGUCCAAGGCCAACACUUCGUGUAUCACAAUUUAUAUGU